CCAAUAAAAAAUUCGACUUCAGAACCGAGAUUUUCAUUUCAAUUCUCAGCUCAGAGGUCAGAUUUAUCAGUUUCGGAUUCAAAAAUCCAAAAUCCACUCUAUUGUCUGUCUAUCUGUCGCAUGGACGGAAACGAGCGGAGCUCAAAGAUAUCAACGGCAUGGAGAUGUUAAUAAGAGAAGAGGUGAGGUUAGGUUUUCUGGAUUUGAUAUGGGCUGUGGAGGGUCCAAAGUAGACGAUUUGCCUCUGGUGACUCUCUGCAAAAAGAGGAAAGAGUACAUCAAAGCUACCGCCAAUCACCGCUACGCCCUCGCUUCUAGUCACGUCUCGUACUUCCGGUCACUGAAAGACGUCGGCGAAGCUCUCUGUCGAUUCGUCGAAGAGGAACUGGUCAUCGGUGUUGGAUCUUCCCCUCCAUCUUCUCCAGUCCUCACUCUGCCAUCAGACGAAGGAAAAAAGAAAAAAGACAAUAAGGAUUCGUCUUCGUCGACUUCUCUUUCGCAUUCGCUCUCCUUCUCGCAUCAUCACUCGCCGGAAGAGGAUUCACAUAUCCAUAUCGACUCGGGGUCCGAUACUGAGGCGGAGUCGGAAUCGUCAAAGCUUCACAGCCACGGGAGCCCUGAAGGGCCUGAACCUGAAGCUUCGUCGUCUUGGCCGCCCAUUGAUUCAAGAGGGAAUCCGUAUCCUUACUCGUACUCGACGUACUACAUGAAGAGGUCAUCGACGGCAGUUCCUUCUGUCGUUUACGAGGGGCCUCGAAUGUCUACAGCGGCAGCUCAGUGGCCGGAAUAUUCAUACUCUGGGAAUCCACAGUAUGGGAUGGGGGGUUACUUCGGAAUUCCGAUGCAUUCGCCGCCUCGUGAUCCUUACAAUAACCGGCCACCAAGUCCUCCGGCGGCAACUCCUUCUCCUCCGCCGCCCCCUCAGGUCUCUGCUUGGGACUUCCUCGAUCCUUUCAAUUCGGUUGACGGUGGUUAUCCCGGGUAUUAUUCUAGGGGGAGUUACAGAAUUGGGUCGACCACUAGUAGUCCUGAUUCAAAGGAAGUGAGGGAGAGAGAAGGAAUUCCUGAUUUGGAAGAUGAGAAUGAACCAAAGCCAUUAAAGGAAGCAGAACAACGCAAGGGGAAGAAAGUGGAGGAAGAUGUAAAAGGGGAUUCGGGUGAGGGCACUUCUCGGGCUGCUGCACCAUUGCAGAGUGAAGAUAGUUUGCCAUCAGUUCAGGAGAAAGAAAUUAAGAGUAGCCCUGAAACUAUUGCUCCGAAAAGCAUUGAAGAAGAAGAGAAUCCCAGGAGGAAAGGUGUGAGCUUUGAGAUAAAUGAGGCUUCAACUAAAGUUGGUGAGCUUGGUGGACAUGUUGAGUCCUCCAAGGCGAGUAGCUUGACCACAUUGGCUGCUCAUGGCACACGGGACCUCCGGGAAGUUGUAAAGGAGAUUAGGGACGAGUUUGUGAAUGCGUCUGAGUAUGGGAAAGAGGUCGCAGUUUUGCUUGAGGUGGGAAAGCUGCCUUAUCAGUCAAGACGUACCAUACUUAAAGUGAUCUCAUCCAGGAUCCUGGAUUUCAUAACUACUCCCACAGUGACAUUUUCACACCCUCCAUCACGACGGUCAGAGAGGGCAGCAGAUAGCACAACGAAAAUGGCCAAGGGCCUGAUUGGGGGUUCUGAGAUGGAUAUCAGAAUGAAGCUUUCAUCAACUUUGGAGCAGCUUUAUGUGUGGGAGAAGAAGCUUUACAAGGAAGUUAAGGAUGAAGAAAGACUUCGAGUUAUCUACGAAAAGAAGUGUAAGAGACUGAAAGUCUUGGAUGAUAGUGGUGCGGAGACCUAUAAGAUUGAUGCCACUCAGGCUUCAAUUAGGAAGUUGCUCACCAAAAUUGAUGUUGCUAUUAGAGCUAUUGAUGCUAUAUCAAACAGGAUACACAAAUUAAGAGAUGAAGAGUUGCAACCCCAACUCACUGAAUUGAUUCAUGGGUUGACUAGAAUGUGGAGGUCCAUGCUUAAGUGCCAUCAGAAGCAGUUCCAAGCCAUCAUAGAGAGCAAAAGUCGUAACCUUAUAGCAAACACAAGCGUACGAAGAGAUUCGAGCUUGAGGGCUACUGUGGAAUUGGAAGUGCAGCUUCUGAAUUGGUGUACUCGUUUUAAUACAUGGGUCAACACUCAGAAAGCAUAUGUUGAGUCCCUGAAUGGAUGGCUUCUGAAUAGCCUGCACCAGGAACGGGAAGAAACUCUAGAUGGAGUCAUUCCAUUCUCCCCCAGCAGGGUAGGAGCUCCUCCUGCUUUCAUUACCGGCAAUGAUUGGUUCCAUGCAAUGGAGAGGCUUUCAGAGACGGGGGUGGCAGAUGCAAUACAUGCUUUUGCUUUGAGCUUGCACGGGCUUUGGGAGAGGCAAGAUGAGGAGCAACGCCAGAGACUCAAAGCUGAGUAUCUCACCAAGGAUUUUGAGAAACGACUAAGAUCACUCCGCAAGGAGGAAAUAAGACUUCAUCGGGAUCAAGAUGCAUUGUCAGAGAAGACUACUGUAUCAGUGAUUCCCACUGAGAGUGGAGUUUCACCACUUGAUGAUCUAAAGGUGGAUCUUGAUUCCAUGAGAAAGAGAUUGGAAGAAGAGAGGGCUAGACAUAAGGAAACCAUUAAAGAAGUCCAUAAUGCUGCUUCCAGUAGUUUACAAGCGGGUCUUAUUCCGAUCUUUGAGGCUCUGGGGAACUUCGUUGCAGAGACAUUGAAAGUAUAUGAACAAGUCAGAACCGAAGAUGCUGGAGAUGGCACAUGACAAAUGGAGUAUCAUCUUUAUGGUUUCAAUGCUAUGAGUCAAUUGCUUGGAGAAGGAACCCCCUGGUCGCUUAACAGGGCCACACUGUAAAGAAUGGUUACUCGUGAAAGAUU